CGGUUUCCCGACUGAGUCGGAAGUGGGAACACUCCGGCUAGUGAGAUUGUCGCGUGUCGUCGCUGCUGGCCCUUCAGGCUCCGCCCUUCCCCCCAGGUCUGCAUGGAGGACACUUUAAAGUGAAAUGACAGACCAGGAGAAUAACAACAACAUCUCAAGUAACCCCUUUGCUGCUCUUUUUGGCUCUCUGGCUGAUGCCAAGCAGUUUGCAGCGAUCCAAAAGGAGCAGCUGAAGCAGCAAUCUGAUGAACUCCAGCCUAGCCCGGAUGACUCGGAUAAUAGCGUGUCAGAGAGCCUGGAUGAAUUUGAUUACUCUGUGGCUGAAAUUAGCCGCUCAUUCCGCUCACAGCAGGAAAUAUGUGAGCAACUCAACAUCAAUCACAUGAUCCAGAGGAUCUUCCUCAUUACUCUGGACAACAGUGACCCGAGCAUGAAAAGUGGGAAUGGUAUCCCCAGCCGCUGUGUGUAUUUGGAAGAAAUGGCAGUAGACCUCGAAGAUCAAGACUGGCUUGAUAUGAACAACAUUGAGCAGGCUGUCUUUGCUCGCUUACUACUUCAAGAUCCCGGCAACCACUUGAUCAACAUGACCUCUUCUCCGACGAUCAAUCUCUCUGCCGAUCGAGAUGCAGGGGAGAAGCACGCCUUUUGUUACCUUUAUUCCUGCUUCCAGAGAGCCAAGGAAGAGAUUACCAAGGUUCCAGAGAACCUGCUGCCUUUCGCGGUGCAGUGCAGGAACCUCACCGUGUCCAACACACGGACGGUCCUCCUCACCCCAGAGAUCUAUGUGGACCAGAACAUCCAUGAGCAGCUGGUAGAUUUGAUGUUGGAGGCCAUCCAGGGAGCCCAUUUUGAAGAUGUGACUGAAUUUCUGGAAGAGGUCAUUGAAGCCUUGCUAUUGGAUGAGGAAGUCCGAACAUUUCCAGAGGUCAUGACCCCAGUGUUUGAUAUUUUGUUGGGCCGAAUAAAAGACCUGGAGCUCUGCCAGAUGCUGCUGUACGCGUACCUGGACAUCCUGCUCUAUCUCACCAGGCAGAAGGACAUGGCCAAGGUUUUUGUAGAAUACAUUCAGCCCAAGGACCUUAGCAAUGGGCAGAUGUACCAGAAGACCUUGCUGGGAGUAAUCCUAAAUAUCUCUUGCUUAUUAAAGACUCCGGGUGUCGUGGAAAAUCAUGGCUAUUUCUUGAGUCCAUCUCGCUCCAGCCCCCAGGAGAUCAAAGUACAGGAGGCCAACAUCCAUCAGUUCAUGGCUCAGUUCCAUGAAAAGAUCUACCAGAUGCUGAAGAACUUACUCCAGCUCUCCCCAGAAACCAGACAUUGCGUCCUGUCCUGGCUGGGAAACUGUUUGCAUGCAAAUGCAGGCCGCACCAAGAUCUGGGCCAACCAGAUGCCAGAAAUCUUCUUCCAGAUGUAUGCCUCGGAUGCCUUCUUUCUCAACCUGGGUGCUGCUCUCCUGAAGCUGUGCCAGCCGUUUUGCAAACCUAGGUCCUCGCGGCUCCUCACCUUUAACCCCACUUACUGUGCGCUGAAGGAGUUGAAUGAUGAAGAACGAAAAAUAAAAAAUGUACACAUGAGAGGUUUGGACAAAGAAACCUGUCUUAUCCCAGCUGUGCAGGAGCCAAAGUUUCCCCAGAACUACAACCUUGUAACGGAGAACCUUGUCCUGACAGAGUACACCUUACACUUGGGAUUUCACAGGUUGCAUGAUCAGAUGGUAAAAAUCAACCAAAAUCUGCACCGGCUGCAGGUCGCCUGGCGAGAUGCUCAGCAAAGCUCUAGCCCCGCGGCUGACAACCUGCGUGAGCAGUUUGAGCGACUUAUGACCAUCUAUCUCUCUACCAAGACCGCCAUGACUGAGCCGCAGAUGCUGCAAAACUGCCUCAACUUGCAGGUGUCCAUGGCCGUUCUCCUCGUUCAACUGGCCAUAGGCAAUGAGGGCUCCCAGCCUGUAGAGCUGACCUUCCCUCUGCCCGACGGCUAUAGCUCCUUGGCCUACGUGCCAGAAUUUUUCGCAGAUAACCUGGGUGAUUUCCUCAUCUUCCUCCGCCGCUUUGCGGAUGACAUGUUGGAGACGUCCGCAGACUCCCUGGAGCACGUGCUUCACUUCGUCACCGUCUUCACGGGAAGCAUAGAAAGGAUGAAGAAUCCCCACCUGCGGGCCAAGCUGGCUGAGGUGCUGGAAGCGGUGAUGCCCCACCUGGAUCAGACCCCGAGCCCCCUGGUGUCCAGUGUGUUCCACCGGAAACGUGUGUUCUGCAACUUUCCCUACGCAGCCCACCUUGCGGAAGCUCUGAUCAAGGUCUUUGUGGACAUUGAGUUCACAGGAGACCCCCAUCAAUUUGAACAGAAGUUCAAUUACCGCCGUCCCAUGUAUCCCAUUCUAAGGUACAUGUGGGGAACAGAUACCUAUCGAGAGAGCAUUAAGGAUUUGGCUGACUAUGCCUCUAAGAAUUUAGAAGCCAUGAAUCCCCCACUUUUUCUCCGCUUUCUUAACCUGCUAAUGAAUGAUGCCAUAUUCCUUUUGGAUGAAGCCAUACAGUAUCUGAGCAAGAUAAAGAUCCAACAGAUUGAGAAGGACCGAGGUGAAUGGGACAGUCUGACUCCAGAAGCCCGCCGAGAGAAGGAAGCUGGCCUGCAGAUGUUUGGACAGCUGGCACGUUUCCAUAACAUCAUGUCCAAUGAAACAAUUGGUACCCUUGCCUUUCUCACAUCAGAGAUCAAAUCACUCUUCGUGCACCCUUUCCUGGCUGAGCGCAUCAUCUCCAUGCUGAACUACUUCCUGCAGCACCUGGUUGGCCCCAAGAUGGGGGCCUUGAAAGUCAAGGACUUCAGUGAAUUUGACUUCAAGCCCCAGCAGCUCGUAUCAGAUAUCUGCACGAUCUACUUAAAUCUUGGGAAUGAGGAGAAUUUCUGUGCCACUGUGCCCAAAGAUGGGCGUUCCUAUUCCCCGACUCUUCUUGCACAGACCAUCCGAGUUCUGAAGAAAAUAAAUAAGCCUGGAGAUAUGAUUGUGGCUUUCACCAACUUAGCAGAGAGAAUCAAGUCUCUCGCAGACCUGCAGCAGCAGGAAGAGGAGACCUACGCGGACGCCUGCGAUGAGUUCCUGGACCCCAUCAUGAGCACCUUGAUGUCUGACCCUGUGGUGCUGCCGUCCUCCCGAGUCACUGUGGACAGGUCCACCAUCGCCAGGCAUCUGCUCAGUGACCAAACAGAUCCCUUUAACCGUAGCCCCCUCACCAUGGACCAGAUCCGGCCAAACACAGAACUAAAAGAAAAAAUCCAACGGUGGCUCGCAGAGAGGAAACAACAGAAGGAGCAACUUGAAUAAAUACUGCGACCUAAACCAACCAAAACGAACCCCAGAGUGAAGAUAAACAGUUGUUUGUGAUUUCUCUUUGGUUCUGUUCCUUUCUUUCUUUUUUUUCUUUUUUUACUAAAUUGGAGAACUGCUCUUGCUCAGAUUAUGAUAAUUAAGAUUCCUAAGAACUUGACAAGGCUCUCCUAGCUUACAGGAUAUUAUAAUUAUACCCCCACCAAGUCUGGAAAUCAUCACUAAUUUUUACCCUUUGUUCUCUCUCCCUAUUCCUUCUUCUCCCCUUUCCUACCUUAAAUUAUAUUAAUUUCCACUGCUAAAACUUCCUGCCACCUUACUAUUUUUCUUCCAAGAACUGCUCAGACAUCUUUGGUGAUCACUGCUUUUAAGUAUAUGAUGUCACAUAUUUCAGUGACAGCUGAUAUCGUCAAAAAGCCCUGUGUUCUCAAGGUAUUGACUAGUCUUCGCGGCCCAGACUUCAGCUCUUCUUUUUGUACAGCUCUGCAGUAUUACAGGGUAACCUUCCACAUCAAAGCAGGUAGCUACGCUUGAGUACACUGUGAGAUGAUAGAUGAGAUGAAAAAAGAAAGGAAUCUUAUGCAAUUCUGUUGAUAGCUCUUAAUUUUGUAUUAUCUCCAUAACUCAGAGAUAUGGUAGAGGACACACACUGUCCCAUGGGGUUGUCAUUACCAGGAAAAACCCUACAAUAUUUUGGGGAGGACUGACAGGAUAAACUUGCAGUUUUGAUACUAUCCAGAAAAUUCUGCGGUGGAAGAAUAAAAGAGGCUGUUGGGCCCAAUUUAGCUUAUGGAAAUCUGUUGCUAAGUAGAGAAGUUGGAUAACAAGUAUUGUAAGCAGGAAAAAUGUCAUUUUAAGACACUAAUAUCAACAGUAUAUCUCAGUAUCUAUAUACACCGUGUGUUUUUUAUAUUGGCCUAGUGUAGACUGAGCUCCACUUUAAAUCGUCUCUUCCAUGGUAAGGUAUUUACAGUAUGUGGCCACUAACACACUUUUCUAGAUAAAAUUCCGAGACUGUGAAAUGUAUAUAGUUAAUGUUUGAGCUUGUGAACUGAAUCCCAAGAACUGCUUCUAACUCAGCCUAGGUCAGCAGUUAACAAAGGAAUUUGAGGACAGCUUUGCCCACAAACCAUUUUAAAUAGCAACUUAGCCCCGUAGAGUUAAUAGUUGGGUGGGCCCCCACUUUUACAAGUUGAGCUUGAGUUCCCUACUCAGCUGUGCAGCUUACAUGCUAAGUGAGGCACAUUCCCCUAUGGACUGUCUGUAUCACUGUCCCUCUAAGCCCAAAGAUAACCUAAGUGACAAGAAAAAGGGUACGAUCUGGAAACGGGUCAUUGCUUCAUUUAGAGGACAUUAUUGUUAACCAUGGUGUCUUUCAAAUAAGAUGUCAAUUUCAUAAUAUUCCAAGUUUCUGUCACCAGCCCUUGAUAUGUUUUUGAUGGUAUCUACUGGGGAAAAAAACAAUGAGAGGGCAUCCCACACUAGAUUAAAGAUGUUGCCUAUUGCUGUGCAAAUGCCAGAACAUCAGAUAGGAAUUCAGUGUUGCCUCCUGGGCCUUGAAGGCAUGGGUUGACAGAAUUUGUUUAUUUCCUUAAAAUAAGCUUCAUGUCAUAUUUAUUAGCCUCCUUUACUGAGAAUGAACUGUGUAUACAAUAAGCUUCUACCACCUUGCAUUAUCUUCCCAGCCCAAUCACAUAGGAUGUUUUCUUUAAAAGACCAGGUUUUUAUAGGAGAAAUUUGGAGGAAAAAUGGACACAAAACCUCAAAAGGCAGCGUUCCCAGCAGCUUUCUAGUCAACAACCUGUAUGUUUGUAUCUGUAUGUGUAUUCCACGUCUGUCUUCAGAUUGUAAGCCUUUUCUGGCAAGCUUUUUUUUAAUUAUUAUGAAAGCCCUUUUCCUGAAAUUUAUGAAUGGCUAUGGCACCAUUAAUGCUGCUGAAUGUCUUAAACUCAUUACAUAGGCAAGUGCAUAGCCACUACUGGUAAGAAACCAUGUAAUUUAAGAACAUCCAAAAAUGAGACUAAAAAUUAUCAUUUUGGUACAACGCAGUGCAUAUACGCACUUGGAAGCUUGAAGAGGUAUUUUGUUAUCUGGAACUAAAAACCAGCUCAAAAUCUAUGAGAGCAGACUCUCUGACAUACCUAGUUUGAUGUGUUGGCUUUGCUGGAGUAUGAUAGGAAAGUGGAGACUCUAAUCAGCUCUAACAGUGCUUACUAAGAGGGUAACACUGAACUUAGGAAAUUUCAUAGGUUUCAUCAAGCAAUCUGGUUUUUUUAAAUGAAUAUGUAAAACCUGAAAGAAACUUUAAAGGUCUCACACUCUACAAAAGCUUUAUUACUUUAUUUGAUGCUGGUUGUGAAGCAGCCAUUGCACAGAGCGUAAGUGUACUGGGUGCCUUUACCAGCCAGGGGCUGAUGCUGCACUGUUGGUGACAUGAGUACAUAAUGCACAUGCUCUACCUGCUAAACAGGAAACGAACUUAAAGACAAAAAAAAAACAAAAAGGUUGACUGAAAUAAAACUUGAUGGACAUAACUGUGUUCUGAAACAUUCCAGGAAGGUUAUUUCUUGUCAAACUCACCUGGGGGUAUUUGUUCAAAGCUUGUAUGUAAUAAAUGAAUUCCUAACUUA